AUGUCAACCGUAGGAAUCGAUAUCGGGACUGCGUCCGUUAGAGUAUGCUAUAGUGCUUUCGAUACCGGUCUGUACACUAGUUUUGCUUCUGAUAUAGAGGUAUCAAAUGACAAUAGUUUCAUAACACAAUCCUCGAUAGAGAUCUUCGAAAAGAUUUUAUCGAUGCUUGAAAAAAUUCCUUCAGACUUCAAAAGCAUAAGUGUUACUGCCACAUGCUCAAUGGUUUUGCUAGAGAAAAUCGAAAGAAAUUCUACGUUCUUUCUCAAACCUUUUUCUUGUGACUAUAAGCAAUCUAAAACCUAUAACGACGUAUUAUUAUGGAUGGAUAACAGAGCCGUCGACGAGAGUAGAUUUUUAAACAAGAUUUUGGAUACAGAAUUGUUGGGUGUUUUAGGAGGCAACAUUAUUCCCGAAAUGGGUUUGCCAAAAAUUAAGUCAGUGUCUGAUAAGUUCCCUGAUAAAAAGUUAAUAGCUUUCGAGCUUUAUGAUUGGAUUACUUAUUUACUCCUCGUAGGAGGAUUUACAUCAGAAAAACUCGUACCAUUCAAUGACUUCGAGAAUGAUUAUGAUGAAGAUUCAAUGGCUUUAGAUGGGUCCAUUAAAGGCUGGUCAUCAAAGUUUCUUGAAAGAAUAGGUGUCGGUAUUCAAAUAGGAAAAGCUGAAUUUGGGAGUGAAAAGCUACUCAAACGACUUAAUCCUAUAGGUAUCCCUAUAGGAAGAGUUCACGAGAACAUAACUGAGAAUGAAGUCAUUGUAUGUAAUGGAUGCAUUGAUUGUUACGCGGGAUGGGCUGCAACUCUAUUGCGCAAUCCGUCUGUAUACUCUAAUAACCUUUCUAUGAUUGCUGGCACAUCUACAUGUUUCAUUCUUUCAACAACGAAACUGUUUGCUCCUAUACCUGGUAUUUGGGGACCAUUUGAACAGCUUGUAGAUAUGGACAUAAAAUUAUUUGAGUUUGGUCAACCUGCGACAGGAAAAUUGUUUGAGACUUUAUUUGCGGACUUCAGCGAUAUCAUAGAAGCUCAAUUGAGUGUGGAUUGCUACAAAGAAAACAUGCUGAAACUAUUUGAAAUGCUUGAGAUGGAAACCGCAAAGCUUGAAGCUAAGAGAAAAUGCUCUAUCCACGAAGUUAUCAAGUAUUAUUUCUAUUAUGGAGACACUUUCGGAAAUAGAUCACCAUAUAAUGAUCAUAGUAUGGGAGAAACUAUAAUAGACGGAGCUAAUGCAUCGUAUUCAUUACCAUCAGUUAUGCAUCUGUCGAACAUGACUUCUUUGGUUAUAAGAUAUAAUCUCAUCAUAGAAUUUCUUUGUUUUCAAUUGAUGCAAAUUCUAGAUAUAAUAAAAGAACACAACGGUACAGCAAUUGAUACAGUUAUCAUAAGCGGCUCCCAAGCAGACAAUACUAGGUUCAUUAGUCUCCUAACCUCUAUGUUGUCUAUUCCCGUAACUAAAAUUUUGCAUCCACCCUCUAAAUACAACGUAGUUAGAGGCUCGUCUAUAAUAAGCUUGAUUGGUUAUAAGGUAGAAAUUAAUCAUCUUUCCUACUCAGAACUGCUUAAGCAGUCAAUUGAAACAGCCUCACAAGUAGUUAAGAUUCAGACGUUCAAUCCUGAGAAGGAUGACGUGAGUGGUGUUUCAGAGAAGACAAACUUAGAUAUAAAAGGAAAACGCAUAUUGUUUCAGAAAUACAACAUUUUCUUAGACAUGGCUGCUAAUCAACGGAGGUAUCGCGAAAUGAUUAAUAGCAUAUCCAAUUAG